CACCACUCUGGUCACACCAAAUGAAAGAAAAAUACUCCAAUUCCAUUAAAUUGUAUUAACUUCAAGUUAAAUUCCACAAUCUGUUAGCGAAAAAACUGAGAUAAUGCCACCCCGAGAGAAACUUCGCGAAAUGGAGCGUCUUAUUGUUCCCAGACACGUGCCCGGACCACAGCCCAUCAUGGCGGACUUCUACACGCGGCGUGUCAUCGGCGACUUGUUCCGAAUGAGGCGCAAUCCGCCGGAAGGAUGCCAUACGGAAGUCGUUGAUGGCGAUAUCAGGCACUGGCUGGCCACCGUGCUUGGACCCUCUGACACACCCUACGACGGUGGCCAGUUCCGCUUGGAUAUACGCUUUCCGGGGCGUUACCCGCUUAGAGCACCACUUGUGAAAUUCGUCACGAAGGUGUACCAUUGCAACGUGUCGCAAGCCGGAGACAUAUCUCUGGAUAUCCUGGGUGAACAAUGGGCGCCGUCCCAGCAAAUUUGGCAUCUCUUUGUGACCAUCCGAUCGCUGCUGGCGCAACCCAAUCCCGACAAAUCUGUGGACAGUGCCAUCACCGAUUUGUACGUGAAUGAUCGCCCGGAGUACGAGCGCAAGGCACGCGAGUGGACCGCUCUGUAUGCCCAGCCUGGUCCUGAGGCUUCGCCAUCUUAGAACCUCCACCAUCAAUACACAAAUUAGAUUAAUAUCUGCUACUACUAUGCAUAUUUACAUACACAUUUAUGCAUGAACAUGAGCUUAAAAUUAAUUGAAAAUUAAAAUAAAGGCUGUUUGUUCGGUGG